AUGACUGUCACCUUCACCGGAGGAAGUGCUCUUCUUCUGCUGCUGUUUGCAGCAAAUGCCGCUGCAUUUGAUAUACCGCCACCUACUGGAAAGUGUGGUAAAGCUGUUCAUCACACCACUGAUUCUGAUGCCAAAGAAGAAGACUCAGAGUCAAAAGAGGCUCAGAAACUGGGAAAACUUCUUUAUACCCUUGACUACAACUUCACUGACAGCACGUUAAUUGUAGGUGUGAUUCGGGCUGAAGGGCUUGCUGCUAUGGACAUGAGUGGCACUUCAGAUCCAUACGUUAAAGUUUACCUCCUCCCCGACAAGAAAAAAAAGUUUGAGACUAAAGUUCAUCGCAAAACACUCGAGCCGACUUUUAAUGAACACUUCACCUUUAAGGUACCGUAUGCAGAGCUCGGAGGGAAGACGCUGGUCAUGACGGUGUACGAUUUCGACCGUUUCUCCAAGCACGAUGCGAUCGGGGAUGUGAGGCUGCAGAUGAAUAAGGUGGACUUCAGCCAUCUUACUGAGGAGUGGAGAGACCUGCAGAAAGCUGAGAAAGAGGAGGUAUGAGUGUUUUACCCCCCUGAGGUUUCACAACUGAAUUGAGUUCUGGAAUAGCACAAAACAAUGGGAUUUAAUCAGUGCAAA